AGCUGAAUAUGUAUGUGAAUGUACUUUUCGAAAAAUCAGUCACAAAAGUCUAAAUGUCUAACGUCCACGGGCUGGUGUUAAUUUUAUUUUAUUUUUUUAACAUUGUUUCCACUUCUUAGGCUACUGUUCGUAUACCAAACGGUGGGGGUCGCCAAGAGUACGGUAUGUGGUUGGUGGUAGUUACCUUUUCGUCUGCUCUAGUGUCGAUGGAGCAACGGCAAUACAGACGCCCACCUACUGCUUCCAUUCACUCGCUACAGAGCUUAUCAAAAUGGCGGCAGCUUCCUCCAUCCAGCCGCCGAGCGUACACGCUCUAAACCAGGAAAAUACACCUUUCCAGGAUUCUGACAGCCCCGAGAGCCGACAGGAUGAGGACACAACAUCCGAUGGGCCUUGUCUUCGAGUCUUGUCUGAUUUGGAGCCGGAGGAAAUCGAAAGGAGGCUGGAAAAAACUCGUAGGGAGCUGAGCAACAGGAGGAAAAUCCUCAUUAAGAACCUGCCACAAGAUAUAACCAACCAGGAGGUCCAUGACAUCUUGAGAGAAUAUGAACUGAAGUACUGUUAUGUGGACAGAAACAAAGGAACAGCCUUCGUGACGCUGCUGAAUGGAGACCAGGCCCAGGACGCCAUCCGCUCCUUCCACCAGACCUCCAUCCGCGGCCGGGAGAUCACGGUGCAGCUGCAGCCCACCGACUCGCUGCUGUGCGUCACCAACCUGGCCCACACCUUCACCGGGGCCCAGUUCGAGGAGCUGGUGCGCGCCUACGGCAACAUCGAGCGCUGCUUCCUGGUGUACAGCGAGCUGACGGGCCACUCCAAGGGCUACGGCUUCGUGGAGUACAUGAAGAAGGACUCGGCCUCCCGGGCCCGCACGGAACUGCUGGGCAAGCCGCAGGGCGACCGCGCCCUCAUGGUGCAGUGGACCGACGUCAACCAGCUGACCGCCGAACACCUCCACUCCAAGUGCCUUUGUGUCGACAAGCUUCCCCUGGACUUCUGCGACACCGACCAACUUGCACACAUUUUCUCCAGCAGGUACAAGCCUGUCUUCUGCCAGCUGGCCCAGGACGAGGACAGCCACGUGCGCGGCUUCGCCGUGGUGGAGUACGAGACGGCGGAGCAGACGGAGGCCAUGCUGACGGAGAUGGACAGGCAGCUGAUCGGGGGCCAGGAGAUACGCGUGUCCCUCUGCUCCCCCGGGACCUCAGGGAGGAGCACGCUGGCCGCCCUGAUCGCUGCUCAGGGGGUGAUGUCGAGUAACAAGAAGGGCCUGCUGCCGGAGCCCAGCCUGGCCCAGCUGCUGAGCAGCAUGAGUAAUCCUGCAGCCCUGCAGGUGCUGAUGAGGCCGUACCAGGCGGCCGGAGGCAAACGAGGAGGGAAAUUUGGGCGGCCACAGGGCUUGCCCUUCCUGCGCCCCCCUCUCACUGCAGCCCUGCUCCAGCUGGGGAAGGUGCAGCAGGUAAGAGCCUCAUUAAGCAUCACAGCAGGCAUGGAGCAGGAGAGUCCUACACUGGUGAUCAUGAUAGACAAUGACAAUCUCCAGAUAUGUACCCAAGAUGGCACUGCUAUUGAAAGAGUCCCCCAUUAUAAAUACUUGGGCAGCUGGAUUGAUGAUAGAUUCACUUUAAAGUUUCACAUAAACAAUCUGGUAAGAAAGCUGUGGGUGAAACUUGGCUUCUUACUGUAUAUAGGAACAGAACUUUCUUCCCUGUGUUUACCAGAAAGAACGUGCGCUUCCUCCUUGCAGGUUCCCAGCCUGCUGGGCGAUCCUUCCAGACUGCUGCUGCAGAAGGCCAUGGGCCUCAGGACCACAGCCCCCAUGCCCCUAGGCAAGGGCCUGCUAGGGGACUCCCCUAACGAAGUAUCCCAGGACCCUCUGCAGACGGCCCCGGCUCAGGGUCCGGGCGCGGCCGGCGGGAUGAUGCCCUACAUGCCGGGCCGGCAGCACCUGGGCGCCCCGGGCGGAGGCGAGCAGAACGGGGCCUCCGGCAGCGACAAGCAGCCGCCGCCGCCGCCGCCGCCCGCCACCUCGGCCGCCUCGGGGCCCCUGGCGCAGAGCUUCCUGCAGGGCAUGGGCGGCCCCGUCAUGGGCACCCUGCUGCCCCCUGGGGCGGCCCCCAAAGCACAGCAGGGCCUGCAGAGCGCCGGGGACAGCGCCGCCGCCGCGGGCAUGGCUCAGGGCAGCCCUCAGACCUCACUGCUGGGAGAGCCACCCAAGGAGCUGAAGCUGCCGUCGAACCCCUACCUGAACCUGGCCAGCGUGCUGCCGGGCAUGGUCCUGCAAGCUCCUGCCUGCAGUAAAGCGCAGAGUGUGGCUCCACACAGUGCGGUGUACAGCAGCGUGCUGGCUCCUGCCUCACAGCCCCCCACACAGGCUGCUGCCCAGUACGGCUCUGAUACCUCCACAGACUACACACAGCAGUACAGCCAGCAGUACUCACAGGAAGCCAUGCAGCAGUGGUACCAGCACUACCAGGCACAGAGCUACAGCACCGCCCCUCCAGAGACCACAGGAGCUGAGUAUGGGAAAGAGCAGGCCCAGAUAUCUGUCUUCACUCAGCCCAGCUCCUCUAAGAUGUGUUUCACCCAGGGAGCCGGCACCACGUCCUACGGGGACUACAGCACCUACAUGCAGGCUGUCAAUCAGUACUACUCUCAGACGCAGAUGUCCCAGGCAGCCGCUCAGGCCUAUCAGCACAGAGACGCGAGCAAGGAGCCCGAGGCGACCAAGGCCCCCCCGGCGGGCGCCCUCCACCCGGCCAGCAACGGCAGCGCCCACAGCCUGGUGCCCGGCUACGGCCCCGUGCCCGUUCUCCCGGGGUACAUAGGGGUGCAGCAGGCCCCGCCCGGCCCCGCGCCGCACCCCCAGAGCGGCCAGGCCGCCGCCGCCGCCGCCGCCGAGUGGAACCAGUAUUACUACAACCAGGCGAGGGGGCAGAAGCGCGAGUACUCCCAGCUGCCCCUGCAGGACGCCGGGCCCGACGGGGCCUACGUGGGCCAGCAUUCCCAGGGCCUGGGCGGCCAGUACGCAGACUACUACAAAAAGAAGAGGAUCUAGGCGCCCCCCUCCGGCGCCCCCAGCCCCGCCCCAGCCCCUGCAGUCCUGUCCUCCGUGCUCUCGGUACCCCCCCGCCCCUCUGUCGCCGAUGUUGUCCAUGCCUUAACUUUGAACUCUACUCAGUCGGUGUUAAAAGGUUUCCUGUACAUUUUUUAUAAUGUAUGAUUUUGUAUUUGCAGUAACACAGGCCUUCCUGUGGGACGUGUGUCGUCGUCCGGUAACCAUUAUUUCUGUAGAAACCUUUUCCCCCUCGUUAUAGGGACAAACGGUGUCCCUUGGAAGAAGGUAACACUUUCUAGUCUCGGAGAAGUGAUUAUUUCUUUUGUUCUGAGGGUUUUUUCGUGUCGCAUCUCGGUUCUCUCUCGUUAAGGAAACCUCAAGGUGACAUUUUGGCUCUGUAUAUUUGUGCUCUCGUUUCGUAAGUGUCGGAGUGCCCAGCUGUUAGCAGGAGAUUCUGACGCUGCUGGGGCGUGUGGAGACAGGGACCCAGGUCCCACACAAAGCUCUUCAUCCGCAGGGAUGGCGGCCUUCCCUUUAGGCGCAAGGCCUCGUUUCAUAGUAACUGCAAUAAGGCACAGUAGUGCUUGACUCGACUCUGUAAACAAUACUGUCGGAAUAGAAGCUUUCGCUGCCUGUUUUUAAGUGAAGUGGACUUUCAGGUUGUUCAAAACUACUAGGGCUUGAUUGUAAGGACCUUGAAUAGGGACGUUUUUCCUACUGCCAUUUCAGGAAAACGGAUUUCUUUUGGAGAGCGACGUCACGCUGUCGGACGUCUCUCCUGUAAAUAUUUUUUGACGUUUUCUCGCCUGGAAAACGACAAAGCGGGGAGGGGGGGGGGGGAGACUGCUUUGAGUCUUGGCUGAUAGCUCGGACCUCGCUAUUUUCACACCCAGGCAAUAUUAAUCACCACACGACGCCAGUGCGCUAGUAUUAGCGCUCAGCUGUGCUGCGUCGAACCUCCUCCUCCUCCUCCUCCUCCCCCCGCUCUUCUCUGUAGUCAGUGGCGAAAUGGCUGAUGACCUCCUGCAGUUUCCAGCAGGAGGGUUCAAAGUCACAGUCCACUCACUGUUCCAGUCAGGCGACUGACGGACUCUAAAGCCAUGCUUUUACUAGCACAGAAUGUUUAAUCAAUGUUCCUGUACAAUCGUGACUUACUGACGUUUUUCUAGCAUUAAGUUAGACUGGCCGGAAGCCAGUCCUUUUUCUUUAUUUCAAGGUGUACUGUGUUCAGCUGGAUAUUUCAUUUAAUGGCUGAUCGCUUUACUCCAAGCCUUAAAAAGGCAAUACUUUAGAGUGAAACUUUGAUCUCUGUAAUAGUGGGAAAAAAAAAUUUUUUUGCUUGUUUUUUUUUUCCUUUUUAUUUUUAAAUGCAGACUGUUGUUUUGCAUUUAUUCAGGAAUUUCAAGAAGGCUGUUUUAAUGCCGUUCAGGUGAUUGUAAUAUCUUCUCUCCCUACCCUUUCCCAGGUCAUAGCCAUUAGCGCAUGUUCCUGCACUGCACUCAGAGCCGUGCGUUCCAUUAGCGUUAGCCUCCACGCCCGGACAGGGCUGCGGUGUCGGCUACUGGGGAAUUUGGGCUUUCGAAGCCCACACUGAACCAGCACUUUCAUGGGGGUGAAUGAAGACAAACGAGCAGCAGCCAGCUGUUACCCUGACUAGUUUUAUUCGGCGGCGUCAUCCCAGCUUGAUUACGAAAUGCUGUAUCGAUGUGCUGUUUCCUCUCGCUGUUUUUCCAGUGCUGCUAGCUGUACGCAUCCAUGUUUCUCUCCGUGGGGAACCCUUUGUUUAAGGCAAGACGUGUUCCAGUGUGUGAGCUUUAGUAAGGCUGUGCGGGGAUUUAUCUGAAUCCUUGUAGCUCAGCGGUUUUUCAUGGGUACACCUUUUUAGCCCAGUUGGUGUUGAAGAGCUGGUAGCCCCCCUUUGCUCUUAAUUUGUCUUCGGUGGUGAGGACGUCGUAAAGUGUGUGGAAAUGAAAGGUGGCUUCGCAAGACCCUCGUCUCUUUGGUGUUGCGUAGUGACCACACCCCACCCCCCCUCCCCCCAGCUGGGGUAACAGGAAGGGGGGGGUUCCCAACUGUUGCUGUUGUGCCUAAUUCUGCAUGUUGCCAACCAGGCAUAUCCUUCAUACUGAUUAACACAAGGCGGCUUUCCCCUGAACUUUACAAGCGUCAUCACGGAAAGGGUUUAUGUCACUGGUCAGGUGACUGACCGUGCUGACUCACUGCAGGGUUAAUGUGGCCUGGAGCUCCAGAGCCCCCAAUACAAACUGAAAAGGCUGAUCUCUCUCCUUUAUGUGCUUUUCAAUAUUCAAGCAAUUUUUGAUGACCGCGAAGAAAGUUCUAGUGUCUGUAGAAUAGAUCAGAAUAUAUAAGCUUCUUUCUUUUGUACAUGUACUUAAAAAAAAAUAAAAAACAUUUUUGCAAGCUUUCAUUUGAAAGUAUUUGUCUAGAUUUUCUGACCUAAAAUUAGUUUUUGCAAUAUUUUAUAUUUUAAAUAAGUUGAUAUUGUUUUACUGUGAACAGGCAAUUUUUAGGAACAAUUGGAUUUUAGCAUGCAUACUUACAGGUGUAAUAUAUAAGUUCUAAGAAUGUUUUCAAUAGUUGAUAUUGAGUAUGACGCUUUUGAUUUUGACAGAAAACGUUUGAUUUUAUUUAUUUUGAUUCAAUGUUUAUUUAUGUACAUUUUCCCCUCAGUCAUCCUCUUCCUUGUCUGAUUCCUACGAAAAAUCUUUUUUUUCUUCUUUUUUUUGAAAUGAAGGAAUUGUCGCUUUUACAUUCCAGAAUAAACAUUGACUGAUAUCCCCAA